AUGGGCAAUGAUGGUAACUACAACCAAUCUGCCCUCUGCUACUUCUACGUCAUGACUGGCGAUCCCACCCAUGGCGAAAAUUGGUGGAUGGUUGAUCUGGUGGAAAAGUUCUUCAUCGAUCGAGUCGUGGUUUACAGUACCGCUGCCUAUUCCGACCACCUGAGCCAAUUCAUCAUCGGCCUCUCAAACUUGUUUACACCAGUAAAGCGAAACUUUUAUGAGAUUUGCGACCAGUACCUGCUGAGCGUCGUCACAAUUUCGUCCUUCGAAGUGAGGUGCUAUGCAAACCUGCCGGAAUUUAAAGUCGUAGUCCUUCAGCAGCCUUAUAACGGACCCGGGACGUUGAGUUUCGCUGAGGUUGAAGUCUAUGCCAGUAGGAAUCCAAAUAGCAAACUGUGGUACAGACAGACGAACUAUCGCAUGCUGAAACCGGCCGCUCUGAAGAAAACACCGUCACCAUUGUUGGAGUGCCUCAUCCAGUGUGUCACCCAAAACUGCAACACCAUCAACUACAAUCGCAAAUUAAAAACAAAUAUCGCUCUACACAAGAACGCGACUACCGACGUUUACUACGGCGACCUGGACUGCAAUGGCCCAUGGCACGCCACAGAUGGCAGUUACGAUAACAACAGAAUCAAUUGCUACUGUUACUUCGGAGGUGGUUGGGGUCUAACUGCCUGGCUGAUGGUUGAUUUGGAAGAGGAGUUCAACAUUGAUAGCAUUACUCUUUACACUGAGAAUAUUUAUUGGUAUAAAAUGCAUCAGUUCAUAACUGGCGGCUCUAACAACAAAACAACGGUAAGAGGGUCGUACUACAUAUGCAAUCAAUAUGAAUUUGAACUGACAAGGCCCAGCGUAUGUCCAGUCAAAUGCAAUGCAAACAUUCCUGCUGUCCGAUACGUCAUAGUCCAACAAAGGAAAGAUAUGACCUUACAUUUGAAUGCCUGUGAACUGGAGAUAUAUGCCGCGAAAGUUAAUAGUAGCAAGCUAUGGAACAAACAGUCAGACCGCAGAUUGGUAAAAUGGACUCCCUACACGUACAAUAGAACUUCGGCCCAUCUGUGUUUGAUCAACUGCAUACAGCUAAACUGCGAUUCAGUCAACUACAACAAUCUUACAAACGCCUGUGAGAUUUUUCAACAUCCAUUUGGUUAUUAUGAAGGAAAUUUACCCACUUUUGCCAAAAGUUGGGAUUAUUGGCAGUUAUUCUACGCGUGA